AUGGCGUUCACGCUUUGCCCCUCACAACCACCUCCUCAUCGAAAUUCUUUUUCCUCCUGGCAGCCAUCUCCUCAAUUGAACCCCACCAUAAGCGACAACGCGUCCACCGCUGCCACCGCCUCCUCCACCACCAUCGAAGCCUCUCCGAUCACCACCAUGGCCGCUAAUUGCUUAAUCAAAAGCCUAGAUAUGGUGUCGUUGUCUCCCACCCCCUCCCCCUUCUCUUACCUCUCCGAUCUGCAACAAUCGUCUCGUCCCUCUGCCGUUGACUACGUUGCUGCCAUCUUCUCCGCCCCACCAACCUCAUCCAACACUGCUAACGGCGCCAAGCUCCAGUAUAGGUUCUGCAACUGAUAAGCACACAUGAGACUGGGGCUGCCAUUACGAAAAUCAGAUGUAUUAUAUUUAUUGAGCUUUUGUUGAUCUCAGAACUAAGAGGCAAUUGGCAUCAAGAGAUGGAAUUUUUCUGUAUUUCGUCCCUUUAUGCUUUUGCUAAAGCCAUUGAUUCAAUUCAUUAUACUUCUUUGAUGUCUUUUUGUUAAGAUAAAAGCCCCCGAUGUAUUUCUAACGCAAUUGCAGUCAAAUGGGCUAACUGACUGAGGCGAUCAUCAUUCAUAAUUGAUUGACAUAUAUUUGGCUAUACUUUGCUUGCCUUAUCUCUCGGAGUCACUUUGUAGCGGUAUAUCAUUGGGUGGAAUUAUAUUUUGGGAAGAUGGUAAAUGGAGCUCUAUGUGUCACAAAGGCAAUGCAACAUGAAUUGGAUAAAGUUUGGGGAAUCAAGUGAGAGGGAUAACUUAAAGUCUUAAUCUCAUAACUGUAAAAGUAGUAGAUCAUAGAGUGUUAGAUUUGUUUCUCGCAAAGCUUUUAUUUUGAAUUAGGUU